CCGUCAUUGCGCGGUCCGGCACGUCCAAAAACGUCGAUCACCCCGAUGUAUUCACCGAUGAGCUCUCCAGCCGGAAUAGCGACAAUCGCAGUAACACCACAUAUUCCAGUCUCGGCAUGCCGACUGAUCCUCAACACUCCGUUUUAGCGAAGCGCAUUGCCGCAUUGAGCACCAAAGGUGCAAUUCAACUUGGUACAGAGCGGCCAUUAUGUGCGUUAAGACACCGUUGUACGUUGUAGCGAGCCACACAUACGCAUCCGGCACCUCCGUUACGACCCAAACUGACUUUGAGGGAUGUCCAAUUCUUAGGGUUUGACUGCGAUGUCAACCGAACAACGUCAGCCGGCCAUGGCUCUGGUUGCCAAAGGUUCCGGCUCGAUACUACCACAGUGUCCUCCAGCAAGAGAAAGCCAGGCGAGCUCGUACUCGAGCUCGCCCACGAUUUUCUUACGCAAAUCGAAGGUGUCACGAUGCGUUCCAGCGCGUCGGUGCGUAUCCGUCGGACUCAUGACACUUUGCGAACCAGGGGGCACCGAGCAGGAAUCCAACUGGCUGAGCAAGUGUACUCGCUUGACGGGCCGUUGUGGGGUCCACGGCGCAGUCGCAGCAGUAGAGACGAUGGAUGCUGGUGAUAGAGGCACCAACUGCGGAGCUGUUGCUACCGCAAAGCGACCAAGUGAAGCGGUGGACGCUCGGUUCUUCGACGCAGAAGGCAGGGUUCCCGAGUGCGGUGGUGGGGUUGCCGUUGGUGGCUUGGGCGACCUCGGCGACCAAGGUUCGGUGAUCGUAGAAUCACCAGACGCGAAUUCGCUGUCACAACGUGAGCCCGACACCACUUCGGGAGCUAACACGAACUGGGGCAGAGAUAUGACUUGGGUAGUGGCCACUUCCACUACCAAAGAAUGGUAAAGCGGCGGCCUGAACGUAUCGCAGGUAGAAGAAGAACUGAGGGUGAGGUCGACGAUCGGCGUCUCUUGCUGGCAGCUUCUCCGUCGAUAUCAGAUUUCACAUCUUGUCUACACUUGCGCUUCUUGGUUGAGAGACGAGGUGGAGUGUUUGCCGGUACAUUAAAAUGAAUGAAGAAGAGCAUGGUUAGAGAAGAGUAUACGUGGCGUUCAAACAGAUAAGAGUUCGCACAUGCCGUUCUGCUUGUUAUUCCUUGUCGUAGCGUGAUAAGUGUCCAUUUCGAAGGCUACACACAUACAUGUCAAACAUUUGAGUUGGAUUACAGACCGACUCGGACUCCUCGUGAGAUGAAGCGUGGC